UGUAGACGCUCUCCACUGUAAACAUUCCCUGUUUUCCAGAGAAGAAGAGCCGACAACACAUGAUGAAACAUGCUAACAGCACUUUUAUGUUAGUUUAAUGCUUCCUUAUGUAAGAUUAGUUUUGGUUUAGUGGCAUUUUUAAGUGUCUCCUUCCUGCGUUUACACUCCUGAAACUGGUUCACCGGAAACUUUGUCAAGAUGCCUGUUAUGUGCAGUAGCUGUUCAGACAAGCGGGCUGUGCUGAAACGUCCAAAAACAGGCCACUCUUUGUGUAAGGAGUGCUUCUUCUGGGCCUUUGAGGAGGAGGUGCAUCAGACGAUUGUGGCAGCAAAGCUUUUCAAACAUGGGGAGAGAGUAGGAGUCGCUGCCUCAGGUGGAAAGGACUCCACGGUGCUCGCACAUGUAAUGAAGCUUUUAAAUCAGCGAUAUGACUACGGCCUUGAGCUCAUGCUUCUUUCAGUGGACGAGGGGAUCACCGGCUACAGGGAUGACUCUUUGGAGACAGUGAAGAGAAACCAAGAACAGUACGAUCUUCCACUAAAGAUUGUGUCGUAUGAGGAGCUUUAUGGUUGGACUAUGGACGCUAUAGUGAAGCAGGUGGGACUGAAAAACAACUGCACCUUCUGUGGAGUGUUCAGAAGGCAGGCGCUGGACCGAGGAGCCAUCAUACUGAAAGUGGACAAGAUAUGUACAGGACACAAUGCUGAUGAUGUGGCAGAGACCGUUUUCAUGAACAUCUUGCGAGGAGACAUAGCUCGUCUACGUCGCUGCACAGACAUCUCCACAACCAGCGAAGGUGAUGGAGUGGUGCCACGCUGCAAGCCCCUCAAGUAUGCAUAUGAGAAAGAGAUUGUCCUGUAUGCAUACUUUAAGAAGUUGGACUACUUUUCCACCGAGUGUAUCUACUCUCCCAAUGCAUACCGAGGCUAUGCAAGGACCUUUUUAAAGGACCUGGAGAGUGUUAGGUCCAGCUCCAUAAUAGAUGUCAUACACUCGGGUGAAAACCUGUCGGUGCGGGACGGGGUGAAGAUGCCUGUGCAGGGGAGCUGUGAACGCUGUGGCUACAUUUCCAGCCAGGCUCUCUGCAAGUCGUGUGUGCUGCUGGAGGGGCUGAACCGAGGUCUGCCAAAGCUGGGGAUAGGCAAACACCACAGGCUGCAUAACAAAAUCCUCUCCCAGCAGCCCCUCACUGAGAAGGAAGAGAGGAAGCUGAAACCAGUAGACUUUUGACAUAGAUGUCCUCUACUUUUAGAUAAAAAAUUAGAUAUAUAAUGAAACUCUACUAUUAAAUCACAUGUUAUAUUUUUACAAGAAAGACAACUCUCACUGGUUAACUCUUGGUCUCAUUUCUCAAAAAAUCUGUGUUUAUUAAAAAAUGUAUCUAGUAUUUUAUUUCAGAAAAAACUCUCAGACCAGUGACACCUCUGCAGAGUGUAGAGUUCAAUCACUGCUCUUAAACCUGGAUCACUGAUCAAGACAAGUUUGUGUCAACCAAAAGCUGAUAUCAAUGAUAGAGCUACAGAGCUAUGAUUUGUGGAAUCAGUUGUAUUCUAGGAUAUUGAUAUCACUAUUACACACAUAAUGACAUGAGAUGGUAUUCAUUUUUUAAUGUCUCUAAAAUGUUGGUACCAACUUUGUGUUUUUUUUAAGGUCACUUACACAAAGAAAUGAAAACAUUUUAAAUAUCAGCAUCACUUGGAGGUCCAAACACUGGCAGUUCAAAUACAUGCCUGAAAGAAAGUUUAACUUUAUUAUGUGUGUGCAUUGUAGAAACAGGGGCUUGCAUUUUCUUUUAAGCUUAUGUGUUUUUUUGCUGCAUUGGAUCUUUUACAGUUGGUAUGUUUAUUUUUUGCUACCUCUUAAUGUAAAAUGCUGCAACCUGUGCAGGACAUGAUGUAUCAUCACAUGCCAUGUCAUGGACUGUAAAUCAAUAAAUGCCUUGCUCGAGAAACUUGCUUUUUCUUUAAAAAAAUAAAAAAUUAAGAUGCUGUCAUCAUCAA